GCAGGUGCAGCUUUUCUCUCGUCCACUGAAGCAAAGUAACGUUUUCUCCCAGCGGAAGGCUCUUAUCAGCUCAACUUUUGCGUGUUACCAGCGUUUCGAGGUCGAAGUGCAAGAGCCGAGUUCUGAGGAAGACACCUGGACUGCCGGAACCAGUUUAUUUGUAGAUUUGUAGAUUCCGGUUAUUAGGGAGGACUCAGCAAAAGCGAGAACAUUAAACAGAAGAAGAAGAGGACAGGCGGACUUGUGCUGAGAAAUGGAGAGCCGAACUUGGGAGAAGCUUGACACAUUGCUGUCCGUGCUGACGCUGCUGUGUCUUUGCCCAGGUCUUCUGGCCCAGCUUCAGUUACCCCAGACAAAUGUGGUGGUGAUUCAGGGGCAGACAGUAGUCCUUCAGGCCUUAUACACAGGAAGUGACCUCAGUGCAGCCACUGUCAUCUGGAACUACUUGAAACAGCCCAAAAUAGUCAUUUCUUAUACAAAUGGGGUUAUCCACAGCCCUGAGUAUAAAGACAGAGUGGGCUUUGUCAAUCAAAUGCCCAAUAACAAUCUGUCAAUCUAUAUCAAUAGCACGGUUGAAUCAGAUUCGGGACUAUAUAUGUGCCAGAUUGUACUUCCUGGGAGUGUUGAAAGUCCAAAGGAGCUGACACUUGAUGUGAUGGUUCCUCCUGCCAUGCCCAUUUGUAAGCUGCAAGGAAAGCCAGAAGUCAAAGCUAACGUCACACUCACCUGUGCCUCCAGCUCUGGCAAACCUGUACCCAAAUACAAGUGGUCCAAAACCAGCCCAACCUCUGCGUUCUUCUUCUCCCCCAUGCUCAAUGAAGUUACAGGCACACUAAAGCUGAAUAACCUGAGUAGGAAUAUGUCAGGGAAGUAUGAGUGCACAGCCUCCAACUCUGCAGGAGAGGCCAAGUGUUACAUCAACUUGGAAGUCACCACCUCAAAUAAAGCUGGGGUGAUAGCUGGUGCCACGGUGGGUGCAGUGGUGGGCCUCAUCCUCAUUAUCCUUGUAAUCAUUUUCUUGUGGACAUGGAGAAGGAAGGACGCAGAGGAAGAUCUGGCCAAUGAUAUUAAGGAGGAUGCUCAGGCCCCUAAACGUAUGUCAUGGGCAAAGAGUGGCACAGGUUCAGACAUUUUCCCUAAAAAUGGCACGCUGUCAUCUGUCCGCUCCAGCCCUCUUCCUCAAGACACACAUGACCACCACCAUCAUUACCCUGUCACACAGCCCACUUCCGACACAGCCUCCAUCAUUACAGGCAGCACAAGCUAUCGGCCCCAACCCACAGGCAUCUCCAACACCCCGGAACAUGCUCUGCCUGGCUACAACACCAACACCACAGUGCCACGCAAUCCUCCAGCACCUGCCAGCCCUAACGGAGGCUCCCUACCUAGGACUGAAGUUCUUCAGUCUCCAACCUCACACUAUGUUCCUGCCCCAAGUGGAGUGAGCGCCGCCAACCUCUCCCGCAUGGGAGGCGUGCCCAUUAUGGUUCCUGCACAGAAUCAAGCUGGUUCUCUCGUUUAGGGCUGAAAUGCUUUGGCUGUUUAGAGCAUCCCCUGCUGGAACUCACACUGGAAAUGACUGAAUAUGGAGGUUGUUUGAUAGUUUUUUCACUGACUGUCCUGAAAAUAUGCAGUAUAAUGCUAUCUUAUUUGCAGAAUUGACUUUAUGUUUUAUAUAUAGACAUAAAACCACUGUUUUAAUUACAUCAGUUCUAUUAUUUCAUGCAUUCACUAUCGUUUUUACAAUGUUUUUCAGGAAAGUUACAGAAAGUCUGCUCUUGCUGUGACGUGACUGACAUACACACAUUACUCACUGUUAGCUAGAAUGACUUCUUUCAUUUGUGUCUUAAAUAUGUUAAAACAUCUAGAUAGAAAUUUAGGUCUAAUACACAUUACAUGUUUUAUGUAAAAUCUUUUUAUAUUAACCUUAAAAUGUACUUGUACAUAACUAAUCAACAAAACCAGAGGAAAAUAAAAGCACUGAACUGGC